GUGACUGUGGCUGUUCGCGCCUCAGGACGCUAAGAAUUUCAACUAUUGACAACGUGCAAAUUAAGGUUGUAUUUUUCUUUUUUCAUUUAUCAAGUAUUUGACGCAGACAAUAUGACUCGUUGUUGCUGUGUUCCUUUAUGCAAUGCAAACUAAAGCUAUGUUUCAACUUUUCGCUUCCCAAGUACCGAAAGUCUGAAAAACAAAUGGCUUAUGGCAAUUGCCAGAAAAAAUUGGACACCUUCAAAAUAUUCAGCUGUGUGCAGUCGUCAUUUUAGAGAAUCGGAUAUCAUCAGGACAGAAAAUAUAGUUUUGGCGGAUGGACCAGUCCAAAAUAAUAUACCUUUGAAAUAUCCAAAAUUGAAAGAAAAUGCUGUUCCCUACAUUUUCCCAAACUUGCCAUCAUAUCUUUCAAAAACUUAAGCACCCAAAAGAAC